GGGUAUUUUGAUUGAAAAGAUUUUUUUUUUGGGGUCAUUUUGGUUCCGGAAUGCUCACGUAGAGGUCUGGCUGUGUCUACUCCUAAUAGCAAAGCCAGCGAAAAAACACAGAGAGAGCGUAUACAAAAAAGGAAAAAAUGAAAAUGGAAGGUGAUGAGGUAACGGUGGGAGAGUACACGGUGAGGUGUAAGCUGGGCGGUGGCGCAUCGUCAACAGUGUGGAAAGCCGAGCACCGAACAAGCGGAAAAGUGGUGGCGCUUAAGCAAAUUGAGCGACACAAGCUCACUCGCCAACUCAAGAAUUGCUUGGACUGUGAACUGACCUUCUUGUCUUCUGUUCAUCACCCAAACAUCAUUAGCCUUUUCGACGUCUUUCUGGCUGAAAACUCUACUUUCCUUGUCUUGGAGUUUUGUGCUGGAGGGGAUCUGGCUUCUUAUAUUCAGAAUCAUGGCAGAGUUCAAGAAUGUGUAGCUAGAAAAUUUAUGAAACAGAUUGGAGCUGGCCUAGAGGUACUAAGCAUGCACCAAAUCAUCCAUCGUGACUUGAAGCCAGAGAACAUUCUUUUAUCUAGCAUGGAGGAUGACCCGAUUCUUAAGAUUGCUGAUUUUGGUCUCUCAAGAAUGUUAAAUCCAAACGACCUUGCAGAAACAGUUUGUGGGUCCCCUUUUUACAUGGCUCCAGAAAUUCUUCAAUUUAAAAAAUAUGAUGACAAGGUUGAUAUGUGGAGUCUCGGUGCAAUUCUUUUUGAACUACUUAAUGGUUACCCUCCCUUCCGUGGUAGAACUAGUGUUCAGAUACUGCAGAAUAUAAAGGCAUCUCUACGUCUUCCUUUCCAUGAGCCAAUUCUUCUGCAGUUGCACCCAGAUUGUGUUGACUUGUGCUCAAGACUAUUGUCUAUUGAUCCAGAGAAACGAAUCUCUUUUAAAGAGUUUUGUCAACAUGACUUUUUGAAGAUAGACGAAAGGGGGAGAUGAAAGGUUCUGUUAGAGGUCAAAAGGAUCCAGAUAUCUCAACGAGCAGAAGUGCUGACGGGUACAAUCAUCAAUGUUUAGACGUGGAUUCUGUUGUUCCUUUGUCACCUUAGUGAGAUCAGUUCUUUUUCCUGCUGAUUACUUUACACUAAUCACUGGUCGAUCAGUUUUGAAUCAUGUGAAGGUGUCAUUCUCAGAAAUCAACCUCAUCCCUUAUGCUUCAUUUGUCUGUAAAUUGUCAUAUACAACCUGAUAUCAAUUGUACAUCCUAGUUCUCUUUUCACAGAUGAUUCACUCAGGUUUUACCCUUCUAAUAACUAGCUUGAGUAGCAUUGACUCCUAUACCAUCUAAACUAUCCUGCUUCAAGCCUUUCAUCUUUGGCCAUCAGAAUUAAAGGACAAUAAAUGGCUUUCUCUAAAUUCUUCAAAUUGAUCAUAUCAAGCUGGGGAAAUUUCUUCAGUAUAACUAGUGUCAGUAUCAUUUGUCUCCAAAACCAUCUAAAGUCUCCGUCCUCAAAAAUCAUCAUUCCUUGCCAUCUGAGUAGAGGACAAUUAACUGGUUUUCACAAAUUCACAUUGAUUAAAUGGAGUUCAUGAAGUUCCUUCACCUCUUGGGCAGCUGUUGUUUGCUGACGCAUUUAAAGAGCUCAGUACACUUGUCCCUUAUCAAAUAUGAAACUUGUCCAUCCAUUCUUAUUCUCCAAAAUCAGAGAAUGGUCGCAUGAAGUCUUUAAGAAGGUUGGCUACAUUUGACUUGGAAUGCAGCAAAAAGGUUCUCUUUCUAGAUGUUGAGCAUGAAAAUUGACCAUCUUGCAGCAUCAUUUUCUUCAAUUUGGUUAGGGAAGUAUGUAGUGAGCUAGAGCAGUGCUUUUUAUAUCGGUUUUCUGUGUAUCGACUUAUAUUAUGCCUUGAAAGGAUGAUCAGAUGAAUCCUAACCCAAUCGUCUCCCUACUUGUGGGACUCUGUCGGACACUGCUAUGGACUAACAGAGAGAAGUUUAUCUACCCAAAGGGUGGAAGUCACUUCUUUUAUCAUAUGGUUCCCAUCUCAUAGACUGUUUCUCCAUGAGUUUAAGGGGUUCAUGAUGCUAAGGAAAUCAAUUCACCGAUACUGAAGCUUCUUCUCGCCCGCACACUUUCUCUUCCAUGGUAUAAAACGGGUCCAUCCAAUUCACAGUGUAUCAACAUCCCUGAAGUAAUUAAGUCUACUAAAUGGACCAAAUCAAUGAGAUCAUGGAGGUUUGAAAAUUUUGUUCAGCCAGAUGAAAAUUUUGACUCGGACGAUAAAGACAAUGGAGGUUUGAGAUCAUAUCUGACUUACCUUGAUGAAUGCUACAUCUCUGAUAUUGAGGAUGGUGCUCCCUAGAAUAAUAUCAAAAUGAAAGCUAUAAAUAUGAAAUGUGAUAAAUUAUUGACUUUUCUCUAUUUUGACCUAGUAAUGUAGUGUAUCAGGAAGUCAUUUGGAAAAAAGAUCUAGUAUACCGGGGUUAACUCAACUUAAAGAUUCUUUUUCUUUUAAAUUUUCUUGUGCAUGCUCUUUUGAGUGAGAGGUUUCUACUCUUGAAUGUCAAUUGGUAGAUACGAGGUAUUAAAAGUUCUGUUUUGUGUAAGUUUCUUAUAGCUGGAAUUUUAUUUUUCCAUUUUUUUUAUUUUUCUUGUGAGAAGGUAAUAUGUUGUAUGUAUUAAACACAAAACAGUACAUGGGUUGUACUGAAACCAUAUUUACAAGUGAGCAAAAGAGUGUAAAACCAGUCUAUAGUUCUAACAGGAACCUAAUGAGUCUAGGAUAGAUAUAGUAUCCUCUGGGUAGAUCUGGUUACACCAAAAAGAAAAAAGCUUAAUACAGUUAAGUUUGAUCUCCUGCAUUGUGUUGCUGCUGUUCUCAAAGCAUCUAGAGUUCUUUUCUUUCCAAAUUGCCCACCAAAUGCAAACAGGGACCAUCCUCCAUCUGUUUCUGUCAUCAGCUCUAGCUCCAGCUCCAGCUGCCUCCCAACUAAAGAGAACUUCAGCUAUUUUUCCCGUAGGAAGCUUUAUUUGGGCUUCUGUUAAAAAUCCCUCUGUUCUGUAUCCUUAUUACAAAUAACUCAGCAAUUUUCUAUCAGUGUGUAAUUCUAUGGCUAUUUGUAUUUGUAAUCAGCAAUUUGAUACCACUUUCUAUUGACUUAUUUUUGUAAAGGAGGAAAGCGGGAAAAGUGAAGGCUAUGGUGUUGUCUUUUCUCUCAGAAAAACAAAAGAAGCUAGUAUUAUCUCCUGCUGUCCUCCCCUAAUUUUUUGAUAUACAUGUUAUAUUUAUCUCAGGUGGGAUUUGAAGCUGAGUGAAGAUUCUCAGGAAUCUGUAGCAUCUAAUGGACAGGCAGAUGUUAGAACCAAGCUUUUUGUGACUGGUCUAAGUAAAUGCUGCGGGCAGCAUUUGAAGGCUAUGGUGAACUUGUUCAGGGUGUUACGCAUGUUGUCUGAAGAUGUUCUGCUUCGUAAUAUUUGUUGUAAGAAAGUAAUAGCUAUUAAAUCUUUCUUUGUAUCCUAGUAGUUAAAAUCAUCAUGGACAAAAUUUCCAAGAGGUCGAAAGGUUAUGCUUUUGUUGAGUACACAACACUAAAGGCUCUCAAAGAAAUGAAUGACAAGAUUAUUAAUUGUUGGAUGAUAACAGUUGAUUUUGCUUAGAAGAAUCCUCCAAAAUACAGCAGAGGACAAACCAGGAGCCGCUGCUAGGUAAUAUUGCAGAGAAGAAGAGAGGAGAGAUUGGGAAAUAAAUGGAGAGGUGUUAAUUGUUACUCCCUCCGGAUAAAAAAAAGAGUUCACUUAGCCUUUUUUUCUUGGAUCAACAAAAGAGUCCACUUAGCAAAUCAAGAAAGAAUUAAUCUUGUUUUUUCAUAUUUGUCCCUAUGAAGUGUUAUAUGAUCAAAUUCCAAUGCCUAUUUAAUUAGGGAUAGUUUAGUCAAAUUACCUAUUUUUGUUUAGGAGUUGGUAUUUUCUUAAGGGGUGUACAAAUGGCUAAGUGAACUCUAUCCGGAGGGAGUAUAUAUAUAGAUCAAAUGGAUUAGAUCAUUCGCUGCUCUAGUGAUUGAGCCAGUUUUGAAGGCCACGCAGUGAAACUCUAUAUUGCAGAAUCCUGUAAAUUUGUCCUAAUGAUAUUGUUGGGUUUUGAAUGGAGAAACACACCUGUUGAACUGCAGAUGAUUUUACUGCUA